AUGGAUCCCUCGUUCCGGCAGACCAAGGCUGGGGGCUUUGUCUCCAGCACGGAGCUGAGCAUGAAGCGGGCGGCAGGCGCAGGUCCCGGCCCCGAGGGCAGGUCCCGCUUCCAGAAGGUCUCGCUGGUGUCGCGGCGCCUGGAGAACGCGGGGAGCACUCGGGGCCGGGAGGGGAGCCCCUCCCGCGUCUCCCUCCUGCUGCAGGCCUGGGAGAGGGAGAUCGUGGAGAAGACGGCGACCGGUCCCAGCACCCCGACACACCGGGAGCGCUGCUCGUCCUCCAUCAGCCUCCUGCGAGACUUCACCGCGCACGGUCCCAUCUUCUCCCAGGUGUACUCCCCGGCGCAGAAGCCCCGGCGGCAGGAUGAGAGGGGGAAGGUGGGGACCGGUGGUGGCAGUGAUGGUGGUGAUGGCAACUCCCCACCGACGGGCACCUCUCAGGAGAUGCCCGUGCACAGGGAGAGCUACGUGCAUGGCACUCUCCUCCCCACCCGACCCACCGGGCAUCCCGCGGCGGGUCCUGGUGAGGGUCCUCGUGCCCCAUGUAUGGUCAAGCCUGGCUGCACCCCUGCCCUGCCCAGAGCCAGGCACGUCACCGUGCUGCGGACGGGCAGGGAUGCAGCCGGGACACAGUCGGGGGUGGCGGAGGGAAGGAAAGCCCAAAACGGGACGCAUGAUGCUGCUGGCGCCACGGUGACCCCACCACAGCAGGAGGGCCACGGGCAGGAUGGCAGCGAGAGCUCAUCGGGCACCACAGAGGCCGCUGGGCUCGUGGCUGAGGGAUGCCCUGGGGACGAACACUCACCGCAAGCCGAAGCUGAGCCUGUGAGAGCAACUCUGAGCGGUGGUGACAGGCCUGGGGACCCACAAACCAGCAGAACCAGCUCCCCGCAGUGUCCCUCAGAGGACGCCGGCAGCCAGGCUGGUCCAGCCGGUGUGGGAGAGGGCAGCGUGGUGGGCGGGGACAGCACCAUUCCCGCCACGCCGCUGAGGAUAGAGAGCCCCCCAGAAGCCGGCAGCACUCCUGAAGACCCCUGCUUGAAUGGAAGUGAUGGUCCAGAGCCCUCAUCCAAAGCACCAGCACCGCCGAAGGCUGAGGUUGAGUUGGAGGGGAGCGAAUCAAUGCAGGACCCCCAGGGCACAGCCCAAGAGCUUGAGAACAGCCCAGAGCCCCCCUGUGAACCCCCAGCCCCUGACCCCUGGUCUGAGAGCGCCCCAGAUGUGGUCGAGGAGGAUCCCGAGCUGCUGGUGGACAUGGAGAUCUUCGUGGACACUCUGCGCAACAUGGAGCCCUCGGAGAUGCGGAAAGCGCCCAGGACCCCGCGCCAGCCCCGGCCCUCGUCGCUGGGCCGCUGCGCUGCCCUGCCCCCCAUCCAGGAGGACCGAGUCGCCUCCCGCGCACCCGUUUCCCUCCCUGAGGCUCUGCGUGAGCUGCUGGAGCGGGACACCGUGGAGCAGCAGGAGGAGAGCCCCGAGGAGGAGAUCGAGAACCCCUAUCUGAGCCCCGAGGAGCGGGCAUUGGUGGGGACCCCUCACAGGGUGCCUGGGGACAGCGUGGCCAGAGGUAGCCGGGCAGAGAGGGGCUCACUCCUGGGGACACUGAGGCAGGUGGAGGUGGAGGAAAAUGCCAAAGCAGUGGCCAGGAGUUUGGCAGACUGCAGUGUGCCCUUCCGGGGGAACGUCCUCAAGGGCAUGGCGCUGCUCUCCCACUUCCUAGAGCACCGGGCGGGGGAUGAGGGGAAGCCACACUCCCGCCUGGACAGCAGUGUGCUCUACAGCCGCUUCGUCUGCCCCACCACUGCCCAGCUCCAGCUGCCCGCCCGGGACGGGGUGGGCAUGGGAUUGCCCAUCCCCGGGGAUGACAAUGGGCUCGGUCCUGGUGACCAGCCUGGCCCUGGGAUGGCUGUGCUGGAAGUCCCAGGUCCUGGUUGUAUCACUCCUGUCCCUGAGGAGCCAGACUGCACCAUGGCCUCCUGUCCUGCUGAUGUUCUGGAGGACAAGGAGGGCUGCCAGAAGAUCAACACGAGACCUGGCAAGAUCAUCCUCUUCCCCGAGGCUGGCUUUGCCGGCCAGAAGCGGGAGAUCUGGGGCGACGUCCCUGAUGCCACAUCCUGGGAGCUCUCGCACACCAUCUCCAUCCGAGUCAUCCGAGGCGGGUGGGUGAUGUACGAGAAGCCGCGGUUCCACGGGCGCAAGUGCGUGCUGGCCGAGGGGGACGUGGAGAUCGACAACCCCUGGGCAGCCUACGGGCAGAGCGGGCAGCCCGCGGGCAGCAGGCCCUUCCGCAUCGGCUCCUUCAAGAGGGUGGUGCAGGACUACCGCACCCCCGAGAUCAGCCUCUUCGCGGCGGAGAACGGCGACGGCGCCAGGCUGCGCUUCACCGACUCAGCCGAGGACACUCGCACCCAGGGCCAGGCACUCGCUGCUGCCUCCAUCAUCGUCCACUCGGGCUUGUGGUUGGUUUACUCCAAGCCUUUCUUCGAUGAUGAUCCCUACGUUCUGGAGCCGGGCGGGUACCCCAACUUAAAGGCUUGGGGAGCCAAGGACCCAUCCAUCUGCUCCAUGCACCCCAUCAGGCUGGGCUGCCCUGUCGUGGAGAAACCUGGAGAGCCAGAGGUGCUGAUCUACGAGGCUGCAGGAUUCCAGGGCCGCAGCUUCACCAUCAGCAGAGACCUCUACGACCUGAAGAGCCUCUCUGAGCCAGCCCUGGCCACUGUGGGCUCCCUGCACGUCCUGGGUGGCUGCUGGGUCGGCUAUGAGAAGGAAGGCUUCCGUGGGCACCAGUACCUGCUGGAGGAAGGGCAGUACCAGGACUGGAGGCAGUGGGGAGGCUACAGCAAGGAGCUGGUGUCCUUACGGCUGAUACGGACGGACUUCUCCGACCCAGCACUGGUCCUCUUCGAGGCCAUGGACUUCGAGGAGGGGGCGAGUGUGGAGCUGAGCGAGGCACUGCCCGACACGCAGCUGGCAGGAUACGGCACCGUCACCCAGUCCAUCCACGUGCUGAGCGGCGUGUGGGUGGCCUACGAGGGGACCAACUUCUCUGGCGAGCAGUACGUGCUGGAGAAGGGAGUGUACCGCAGCUGCGAGGACUGGGGAGCCGCCGACUGCCGCAUCGCCUCGGCACAGCCCAUCCUGCAGGUCGGGGAACAUAACCUCCACUUCGUCUCCAAGAUCUUGCUCUUCUCAGAGCCUGAUUUCUUGGGGGACCACAUUGCCUUUGAGGAGGACCAGGAUGUCCUGCCUGACACCUUCACCCCACGCUCCUGCAGAGUCCGUGGGGGCAGCUGGAUCCUGUUUGACGAGCAGGCCUUCGCGGGGGAGCAGCACAUCCUGUCCGAGGGCGAGUACCCCACGCUGAGCGCCAUGGGCUGCCCCUCCUCCACGGCCAUCCUCUCCCUGAAGAAGGUCCCAGUGUUCUUCUCGGAGCCUUCCAUCUUCCUGCACGGGCUGGAGUGCUUUGAGGGGAAGGAGAUUGAGCUGAACACGGAGGUGCGGAGCCUGCAGGCGGAAGGCUUCAACAACCAUGUGCUGUCUGUGCGCGUCAAAGGAGGGAUCUGGGUGCUGUGUGAGCACGGUGACUUCCGCGGGCGGCAGUGGCUGCUGGACUGCACCGAGAUCACCAACUGGCUGACCUACAGCGGGCUGCAGCACGUGGGCUCCCUCUACCCCAUCCGACAGAGACGGAUCUACUUCCGCAUCAGGAGCAGGAAGCUGCAGCUCUACCUCCUGGUGCCCGACGACGUGGAGGACAUGAAGGCAGGGCGGGUGGUGGUCUCCAGCCUGGGCGAGCAGAGCAGCUCCAUCUGGUACUACGAGGAUGGGCUGAUCAAAAACCAGGUGGCCCCCACCAUGAGCCUGCAGGUGAUUGGGCCAGCAGGGAAGGGUGCAAAGGCUGUGCUGUGGUCCGAGACACGGAUGCCGCGGCAGAGCUGGAGCGUGGACACCCAGGGGCACAUCUGCAGCCAGAUGUUCGAGGACAUGAUCCUGGAUGUGAAGGGUGGCCGAUCCUAUGACCGGGACCACGCUGUCGUCUGGGACAUGGCUGAGGAGAGACCCACGCAGCUCUGGGACAUCCAGGUGCUCUGA